AACAUUUUUUUUUUCCAUUUCAUUAUAUAUUUUCCCAUCCAAUUUUUAUUAAAACAUUAAUAUUCCUCUUUAUCAUGCUUAGAUAUUCGACCGCUUUACUUGUAACUCUAAUACCGAAAGUUAUUCAAACCGCAUGGUUUUUCAACCUUCCAAACAAAAUGCAUUCAAUUUAAUUUGUCGAUAUUAAUUUUAAAACCAUACAUUAUGAUUCAUAACAUUUAUUGAUUUCAUCUAAGGCAUUUUUCAUAGAUAUUCUGUUAUUUACCGCAACUGUUAAAUCGUCUGCGGAUUGUACACUUUUUAUUUUAGAAUUAUUUUUCACAACACCAUAUGCCAUUAUUAUGUUUUUCUUAAAUUUUACGUGUAUCUAAUUGCCAAAAUUUCUGCUAAAAAAGGAAAAUGGAGGGCUGAUAGGAGAAACCCUUGUCUCCAAUUCCCUCUCUGGCCCCUGUCAUCAAGCACAUUUUAGAAAGCCAUUUGUUGUUGUCCCCGUCAAGAUUUUUUUUUUUUUUUUUUUUACACAUGUGGAGACUCGGCCCCUAUAGUAAAAUAAUUCCGAAGUGUACAUAUUUCCAUUAAUUUUCCAGUCUGUAUUUGAUUAUUUUUGGACUUUGCUUAUCAAGAAAUUUUAUCAUACACCCCCCCCCCCCUUUCAGUUGAAUCCGUAUGUAAUAGUAAUUAUGAACAUAUAUGAGAAUUUCAAGCAGGUACCGAACAGUUCCAGAUUUAAUUGUGUCAUUUAUUGUCUGUGCCAUAAAAAUAAAUCAAGAAAGGAAAAUUGUUCUUGUUUUUUUUUUUUUUUUUUUCUUUUAUGAAACGUAAAAACUGGACCUGAAAAUGGCAGUUAUCAUUCACAAGUCGUAAAAAUGAUGAAAGAUGAAGCAUUGCUUUGCAAAUGAAAUUGUAUGACAUGCCUACAUGUAUGGCAUGCCGAAAAACAUGAUAAGUAUAUCUUGGUGGGAAUGCACCUUUUCACAUACAAUCCACUCUACUCACAUACCGCGUAUUAAUGAGAUAUUAAAGGGUUUCCCUCCCACUGUGUUUAAAAAUUAAGGCGGGAAUAGAUCAUUGAUCGAUAGAUGGCGCUAUGCAUCUUUGUGUUGAACAUGCUUGAAUUACUACCAGUACGUACUCCUUAAAACGUUUACGUGAUCACAGCAUUGACUAGGCGAAGGUGAAAGACGGACGGACGCGGAGAUAUAUCCGCCAUUUGCAUUUCAUUUGGGCGGCCUAGUUUUCAAUUUCCGUCUUACCUGGGCGAAACGACUUCAAGGAAUAUUGGAUGCCUCAAGUUGGCUGGCGAUUUAAACAAUGGAGACCGGGUUACGGAAGAGUCCACGUGUCACGGCGGCGAAGAAGAAGCAGGGUCAGGUUGUGUGGUCCAUUGUCAAGUCACAGUUCCAGGCCUUGUGCAAGACUCUGAGUGGAUCCAGCGUAGAGAGUUUGGUUCUGACCAGUCACAACUACCAGUAUUGCGGCUCGGCAAAGGGAACCAAAUUCCUACAAGACAAGAUCGCACUAGUUGAAGGAGUGGAUCUAAAAGUGAAAGGGGGUUCCCCAACCAAGGGGGAUAAGUCUAAGAUUGUUUGGGAAGUUGUGGAACAGCAGUUCGAAGCUUUGGUAAACUCAUUGUCAGAACUUGGUGUGGACACUCUGAUACUCACCAGUCACAUGACCAAAGACACAGGCUUCUGUGGCUCACCCCAGGGCCUAAAGUUCCUGAAAGACAAUCCAAAGUUGGGACAGUUUUUCAUGGCUUAUUGUGCAGGGAAUGAUAUGAAGAAAGCACAGGUGCCAGAAAAAUCUGUUCUGACCAACUGGUUUUCACUGUUUACCAGCGAUGAUAAAAGUGAAGAAGAGGAAGAGGAGGAGGAAGAGAAACCACCUGCAGAAGCCACACCCAAAAGAGGGAGGGGGAGACCUAGAUUGACACCCAAGCCAACACCCACACAAGAAAUAUCUAGUAAAUCUGAGGAUCAUCCAAAAAGGGGGAGAGGAAGACCCAAGAAGAAUGUGGAGGAUGGACAGACACCUGCUAAGAAAAAGGAAGUUCUUACACCCAAAGGAAGUGAGGAUGUAGAAGAUAAGGGUGUUAAGGAGACUCCAGCAGGAGAGGGUAGAACUAGGCGUGGUACCAGGGUAACGGACCUGAGAAACAAGCUAGAUACAUCAGUUGAGGAAUCACCGAGUGGAGAGAGGAAGUCAGCGAGGAAGAAAACGGUGUUUACAUGUGAUGACUGCAAGGAAACAUUUCAAAUGGAGUAUCUGCUACUGGUUCACAAGAAAAGGUGUAAGAGAGAAUCUCUUCUGACUUCCCCGCCAAAGUCAACCCGGAAGACGCCGGCAAAAACUAGCGCUCCACAGAAGAAGGCAGCAGUGGCUGGGACAAGUGGUACAGCUGCUACUCCAAAGAUACCAGAAACGAAACAACAAGUGGAGGAGAAGAAAGGUGAUGAAGUUGAUUUGUCCAAAAUCGAUAUCAGUACAGUUGUUAUGUCAGGUGCUUCAACUAUUGUGAUCACUGAAAGUGUGACAGGUGACUUACAGGGAGAUGAAGGGACUGUGGAAUCUUCAACAAUCAAACUUACAGAAACGGAAGAAAGCAAAGAAAAGGAAGGGGAGGAAGAUAAAUGGAAGUCGGAAGAAGGAGGAGAGUCACAGUCAAGUGAAACAGCAGAAAGUCAAAUGAAAGAGGAAGAGCAGGAAAGAGAGGAAGAGGAGAUGGAAGAGGAGGAAGAUGCAGAAGAGGAUGAUGGAGGGGAAUGGAAGCCAUCACAACCUGAUGCUCCUCCACCAGCUAAACGGCGGCGAGGACGAGGGCCCAGCAGGAGAGCAUUAGCGAUGAUAGAGGAUGAUGAUGAAGAAUACAGGGGGUCUAAGAGGAAGAGGAAGAUUCUUCUGAACAUGAAACAAGCAAUCCAGGUGUUAAAGCUUACUCCAAAACGAAAGGUUCAUCCAGACUCUGGAAUGGCGGAGGUCAAUCGUGUUGCUGAGAAGGUAGAUGCUGUUGCCUUGUUGCAAACCAGAGAAGAGGAAGGACAAGAAGAAGACAAUCAAGAAGAAGAGCAAUCAGCAACAGAGCAGGUGGCUGAGGCCGCUGAGGAAGUGACUAAUGGAGAAAGCCAGUCUGAACAGAUAGAGAAUCAAGUUACAGAGGAAGAGAACCAUAUUACGAAGGAAGAGCACCAGGUUAUUGAGGAAGAGAACCAGAAUUCUGAGGAACUGGUGGCAGAAUUAAAGGUGAAAGAGGAGAAGCUUCCGUUGAAGGUUGUAGUGGAGUCUAUUCCCUCUGAUGACGAGCAGGACAUUUCUGAGGCAGACUACCUGGACGUGGCAGAGAUUGAGAAGAUGGUGGACCUCUCGUCAUCUGACUGUGCAAUCUGCGGGAUGCACUUUAAGGACCCUAAGUACAUGAGAAAGCAUUUGAUCACCCACUCGGGUCAGAAGAACUAUGGCUGCAGUGUCUGCAAGAGGAAGUACAUGAGGCGCUACGACCUUCACCAGCAUCUCAUCAGAAUGCACGGGUGGAUCAAACUGGGACGGGGACAGGUGGUGGAAUCAGUGGACGAAUCAUACGAGCAUAUGGCGAAAUACGACUCGAAAAUUCUUGUAUAUGAUGUUACAGAGGAAAUGCAGAAUGAAGAAAGUCAAGAUGGGGCUGUGACGGGAGACAUGUUAGAGGAAGGGGAAGUCCGUGACAUCGGUAUGAAGACCGAAGCUCUCGACAACGUAAACCCUGACAAUGUUAUCUACGACAACCGACACAAACAGUUCGGUGAGCACGUCUGUACGUACUGUAGUUUCGCCUGUGAGACUCUCCUUGACCUUGACGUGCAUUUGGAGGCGGAGCACUACAUGAACGACCCAUUCCCGUGUAAAUUCUGCCCCACACGAUUUGACAAGUACACUAAGCUUCAGCGACACGUGUCGGCCGCUCACCCAGAGAAGCGAUACGGCUGUAGUGUGUGCGGGAAGCUGUUUAAAUAUUACUACACGAUGAAGGAACACGAGAAGAUCCACACGGACGAGAAGGCGUGGCUCUGUGACUUCUGUGGGAAAGGAUUCUCUCUACAGAAAUAUUUGAUAAAACACAAAGAGCGACACGAGGCCAUUCCUGUAGAUGAAAGCGGAAGUCACAAGUGUAAAUACUGCGAGAAAAGCUUUACAGAAGUCAAGUUGUACCAGAUCCACAUGCGGACCCACACCGAGGUCCCAGACAGGAUCCACCAGUGUAAUAUGUGUCCCAAGCGGUUCUUUAAGAUCACCCACCUGAAGCGCCACAUCAUGACUCACACCAAGGUCCGAAUGUACAAGUGUGAAAUCUGUCCUAGGUCUUACAAAGACAAGGACACUCUGAGGAAGCACAUCAAAUUCUGUCACCCGCCUGAGGGAGACGAAGUGGAGGAAUUCCAGUGUGAACACUGUGACAGGAAGUUCUACAACAAGGGGCAUCUGAAGAGGCACAUGGUCAAACACACAGGAGAGAGACCGUUUGUUUGUCCACAUUGCCAGAAAGGUUUUGGGGAGAAAAAGAGUCUGGAAAAUCACAUUAGAAUUCACACAGGUGAGAGACCUUACGAAUGUCAGGAUUGUGGGAAGCGUUUUAUUCAGCUGUCUCAUCUCAGACGACACAAGUAUCUCCACACCCAGAUUCGUAAUGAGGUGUGUACGGAGUGUGGGAAGCGGUUCUUCGAGAAGGCGGACCUCCAGAAGCACAGCCGCGUACACAGCAAGGAGAGGCCGUUCAAGUGCGACCUUUGUCCAAUGUCCUUCACCCAGCAAAACAUCCUCAAGUGCCACCGUCGCCGACACACCGGGGAAAAGCCAUACGUCUGCGACAUCUGUGAUCGGGCAUUUACUCAGAUGGGUGCUAUGCAGUGUCAUCGCCGUCUUCACACGGGAGAGCGACCGUACAAGUGUAAAUUCUGUGGUCUGGGUUUCGUCAGCAAGGAGAGGAUGAAGUUUCACACUUACUCUCACACAGGGCAAAAUCCUCACAUCUGUCACAUCUGUGGGAAAGGAUUCCGACUGAAGUUUAAGCUACAGAGUCACCUGGACAACCACGACGGAAUCUACAGACACCAGUGCGACUACUGUAGUAAAGGCUUCUUAGAGAAAGCCAAGCUCAACCGCCACAUCAAACAGAUCCACAUGCAAGAGUCUGCACCUGUGAGGACAAAGAUUGUAUCUCUUGAUGGUCCAAACAUCCAGACGAUUGAGGAAGACGGAGUAAUCACAGUCAUCCACACUCCUGCCUCGAGCGUCAGCGAAAACAACAUCGUACAGUACGUCCCCGUGUCGACUGCCGAUAACCCGCAGGAGGGGAUGACCGAGGAAGUGGUGGAAACACACGUCACUAUUCCGUUUGAAAUUAACAAUGAAAAUCAGCCAAGUGAGACCAACUCGGCGGUGUCCACGAUCCAGUUUGAGGCGGACGGAGAGGCUGCUCAGGCCACAGCAGCUAAUCUGGCAGCAUUGUAUUCAGGGGAGGCCACUCACAUCACCAUGCCGUCAGAUAGCAUUAUUUACCAAGGUGACGAGAAUGGAGAAGAGGUUGUGUAUGUGGUCAUUCCCGAGGACAAUCAGACGGUUAUUCUGUCGUAGUGGAGAAUCAGUCAGUGCACGAAGCCUGGAUUGUUUAUUCAAAGUUAUCACAGAACUUGUUUUAAAGUUUACAAACUGUGAUACCCUUCAAUUACAGCUUGCAAGAGGAUUUCCAUUAUUUUCUGUAUGCAAGUCUGCUUUUAAGAUUUGUGAGGUUGAUUUUUAUGUUUUCAUUCAUUAAGAAUAUUGAUAUUGAAUAGUGACAUGAAACUUCUAUUACACCUGAUAAUGUGUAUGCUGUAUUUACUCGUGUAAAUAUCAUAGAUUAUGGUUGUUACAUGUACAAGUGGGUCUUAAACAAAUUUAUAAAGGUUUGACAAUCUCUUAAUUUAAAAAUGCGGAUUAUGAACUGCCAGUAUAAAUUAAAAAAGAUAUUAAAAUAAGAUGAAUACAGUUUGGAAUUCCUUUAAUAUGAAAUACAUAUUUACUAGGGUAUUGACUGUAAUAAACCUUUGGACUGUAAUUCAAUAUAUAUAAUUCUUGAUGUAAAAAGGCACACAAAAGUGAUCUAUGAACUUGUCAUUAAAAAUCCUACCCUAAAAAAGGACCAAUUUAGAAAUGUGUGAGGAAGAUCUGACAGGAUUGGGGGGGGGGGGGGGGGGGGGGGGGGUACUCUGUAAAAGAAAAGGCACAAACUAGGGAGGGAGGGGGUUGGCAGAUCGGGAUUUGUGAUUUGUAGCAAUUGUAAAUUAUGACUUUUAAAGCAACUCAGGGAUGCAAAAUCUUACGUCUUGUUUUUGCAAAGCAUGGGAAAGAAAUGGGAUGGAGUUAACAUGUGUUCUUUUGUUGUAAACUGAUGGUUCACUUCAUGUACAUGUACAUGGGCACACAUUUGUGUCUUUUGUUUUUAACUGACAGUUCACUAUAUGUCCAUACAUGUUUAGUUUUAUUGAUGUUUGUAUCUGGAAAUUUCUGUUGAAGAUAUGAACUUGUGCCGUGGUUAUUUUCAAAUAAAGUCUAUGAAGCAAA